CCCGCUGCGAUAGUGGAUGAUCAUUGCCGUGCAACGGUUUGGGAUCGCCAGUCGUCGCUGAGCGUUAGUGGGAAACGGUUGAAAUUUUCGACCAGUGGGUGCAUACCGGAGUCUACACAAUCGUAGUACCCCUCGGUGGGUUGAUUGGAUAAGUGUGCGUGUGCGUGGAUAAUCAGGCCGGUUGCACCGGUUUAGUGUCAGAACGAUCUGUCAGCAGUACAGCCUCCGAGAAACGAUGGUACAACGUCAGCUGAAGCGGCAACACUCCGGCCUGCCGCAGAUGGAGUCACUGUCGCGCUUCAGCAGCAUCCCGGUUGUGGAGACCGGCAUCAAAACGGCCGGCAGUGUGUACGAGCGAGUGAAAACGAGCAAUGGCCUGCUGACCUGGGGCUUUGAGACGGCCGAAUCGAUUACGUACGCGCUGAUCGAUUCGUUACGCCCGGCGACAAAGAUGAUCCAGGGGCCACUGCAUCAGCUGGACAGCAUCAUGUGCAAAAGCCUCGAUCUGGUGGAGCAGAAGGUACCUUCGAUGUAUCUGCCGCCGGAGAUGAUGUUUUGGAACACGAAGGAAUACAUGUCGGAUCAUUUGAUGAAACCAGUGUUGUCGCGGGCCAAUUCGAUGAAAAACUUGGGCCACGCUGUGCUGGAGUCUCGCGUCUCGAACUAUGCCGCCGGCCGGAUCGACGGAGCGCUGGUCGUUUGUGACAAAUAUGUUGAGCGAUACCUGCCGACGGAACCGCAGGAUCAACCCGAUUCCGGUAUCGCUUAUGCAGGCACGUACCGACCAGCACGACUAUCAUCCGAUUCUGGUGACCGGCGUGACCCCAAACGGCAUGAUAGGACUGCACGCCACCAAUCGUUGCAAGCUGAUUGUGUGCCCAAACGUAAUGUUCGAAGGGCCCUGGCCAACAGCAACAUUGGUAUCGCUUGCAGUGCCGUAACUCAGGCAGACGAUUCGAACCAGAUGCAUGUGGUGCAAACGUUCCACCGUGGCCAGCAGCUAUCCCGCAAGCUUAAGCGCCGUCUCACGUUCCGCACCCGUCAGGAACUGAGCGCACUCAAGAAGCAAAGUACCGAGGCGGUGCACGUGGUUGCUUACGCGGCCGAACUUAUUGCCACAAACCCCCGGGAAGCGAUGCAAAAAGCUAUCGAACUGUGGCGUUACCUGAGCAAAGAUGAACCAGAAAAUCAAGCCCGUCCCCGCACUCUCGAACAGCUCGCCGUGCUGCUAACACGCGAAUCCGCCCGCAAGAUGGUACACCUGAUCAACUUCGUUACCGGUGCUGUGACACGUGUCCCAAAGGCAAUCCGAGCGCAGACCCGUGAAAUUGUACACCACUUCCUGUUCGCAACCGAGCAACUGAUGAAGACGGUCCACCUCGAGAAGGCAAAGGCUGCAACGCUGUCCGAAGCGAGUGGGCUAGUAAAUAGGAUUCAACACACCUACGACGAUCUGCAGAAUCAAACGAACCUGGCAUUGCAUGGUCAGUUAUCGCUGGCAAACAUAGAUCGGCACGAUUUUAUCCAUUGGCUUUUGUUGAAAGUGGAACGUUUGGCAGUCUUUCUUUCGGGUCGGCUCGAAGCGGAAAAGAUCACCACCAGCGGCAAUCCACGCCGGCGCAUUCAGCCCCGCACGAACAGCAAUCCCAUGAACUCGAACAUUAACGGGGUAUACUAGGGUUUGCUGCUUACUGGCUUGAGUCUGGUACUAGCCUGUACAACAUAAAAAACGGUUUCCCCCUUUAAAAGCCCACAUUUCAAUGGGACCUGAUGACACCGUGAUAGCCUCGGGAGGAGGGACAUCUGAAGGUGUUUCCAGCUAGCUACUUCGUACUUUAAGUGGAAUUUUUAAUAUGUUAUAUUUGUUGUUUUGUUAAAGUUCGAAACAAACCACACAAGAGUCUCGAUAAACAAUGCUUCUUAUACUCUCAAUCGUUUGAA